AUGCUGACCGACUGCAGUUGCCAUAGAAAUUGGUUUAAAACCCAGCUAGGUGCAAAGAAGGCCAUUGCAUUCUUAAAGAAACUUUUUGAAGAUCAACAUCCUAGGCUUAUCAAACAGACUGUAAAACAGUUUGAAGAAGCUAAGAAGGAGUUUGAAGCCUCGUGUAAUGAUGACAACAUUCUGCAAGCCUGCCUCAUGGUUCGGAAACAAUAUGACCACAUGGUGUUGUUCACUAAUGACAACAAUUUGAUAACAAAAUCUUUCUGCUGUGACAUAUUGGCUUUUAACUCAAAGGAUGUCCUCAAAGGAAUAGAGAACAUUGUUUCCAAUCCUGCCAAGUACUCCAGGUUUACAUCAAGACAAUCAGGCCAGUCCACUGGACCUAUUACUCCCCCAACCAUGGCUCCUAUAGCGACAACAACAACAAACACAGCAGUGUUUCCAUCUGUGAACAUGGCCACAGCAGCGGCAAGAUCUUUUACACCGAGAACGUCGCUGACAAGUCCGGUGUCAAAGCAGUGUGUGACACAACAUGACAGAGAUGUGCCAACUGGGAACAAUCGCUCUUGCACCAAUACAAGCUUGAAAACAGUGCUAGAUGACAUGUACUGCAAGAUGAAGACUGCCCUCCAUGAAGCAUUGGGAACCGUCCUGGAACAGGAAAUGAAAACAGUUUACAAUGAAAUCUGGCACAUGAUAGUUUUCCGAAAACCUCCCUGGUCACUGAAAGACAUCCUAGAAUGCUGGAAAAAACAUUGGAUAGCUGUGUUUGGGAUGAUCUUCACCAGGAGACUGAUACACAAUGUGGAGUCACUGCUGGAUUUCUUCACACAGUCCUGCGUUUUAGUUCUUACGAAAAUCGAGAAAGCAUUGGGGGAUGCCGUAGAAAUUCUAGACGAGUGUGUGAUUAAAAAGAAGUAUGGCCUGAGUGUGGAAACCAUGACGCGAUGCAUACAUGCCUUAAAGGGGCUGUGUAAGGGGUUACAAACUGGAACUGUCACCCCUGAAACAGUUACUAGUCUGGACAACUACCUGACAGAUAAGCUGGGAGUUUUUGACAUCACCUCCCACAGGUGGUCCACCAGUGUGGAGGCCUUGGCCCAGAAUGUAUCUGCUGAUAAUAAAACUAAUCUUCAGCAUUCCCGUCUCAGGGACAUUGGCUUUCAGACCAAUAUUCAGAGUCCCAACCACAUAGUUAGUAACAACAUUGGCGUGGUAGACUCUGAAGCAUUCCGUGCCUUUUCUAACACUGGUGAUAGUGGAUCAAGAGGUUGCAGUAAGCCUAAUUGUUUGGUUCCAAGUGUUCAGUCAAAUGGUAAUAACAACAAUGCUAGUAACAUAGAAUCAAAUACUUCGCAUUUAAAACCUAAUUCAGAAAAUAGCAGGAGUUUUGGUACUUCUGAAAAUGUGCUCACAAAUGAAAUGAAACCAGUAGAUUGUACGCGCUCUGGAAAUUUAAACCAAUCUAGUGAUGUCACAAAUGGGAAUGAGGCAACAACAGGAAGUGAAGUCAUUAGGACAUCAACAGGAAGUGAUGUCGUGUCUAGGGAGGCUGAUAGGGCGGCAGCCCUGAACGCUGGCACGAGACUGGAACAGAUCUGGAAAUUUGUUCAUAAUAGCUGUCAGGAGAUUCAAGAUGGUUUCCAAAGCAACCAGAUUCCUGUUGGCAUAGCAACACAGCUACAGCUUCUGGUUGCCACUGUGAUGGAUCUCCGCAUAUCCUAUGUUGGGUUGCUAGAGUUUCCUGUGUCAGAGCUGACCAAUCGGGAGCGAGAGUUUACAGCUCUCACCAACAUAUGCAAUGGCUUCUUUCAUCGGUUCCAGUUACCAGAUCCUGUACCAGUGACAGUAGUGUUGCCAACCCAGCUGUUAACACUGUACAGUUUACCUGAGUUCAGAGUAAUCCUACAACAACUUCAUGUCAAGGUGGAUGAAAUGCUUCGUUUCCUGUACCAGUUUGUUCAAGCAUUGACCACGGAUGAUUGAAGGAGAAGAUAAAGGUCAGCACUGUGAAUAUGGUGUUGACCUUGGGACCGGGAGGUCAUCCAAUCUGACAAUCCGUCCAUCUGUGGGAGUUAAGACCCCCCCCCCAGACAGCAAGUACUGGUUCCUCCCAGGAAUUGCAUUGAGAGUGUUUCAAUAAGCCCUGGGCUUUUGAUGCAAUCUAGCUUAAAUGAAUAGUUUUGAACUAAAGGAGAAGGCAUCCAUUUAGGGAUUUAUAUGGUGAGUGAAAUGGUAUGGAUUCUGUACUGUGACAGGAGAGUUAGACAGUUGGAGCAAAAAAUCGGUACUGUGAGGGGGAAAAUAUGAAAAAGAAUCUGUACUGGUAUUAAGAAAGCACUGUGAGGGAUAAAUAUAUGGAGCAAAUUCUGCAAUGUUUGGAAGCAAUCCUCUUUGAGUGAAAUGUGCAUGGAGUGAAAUCUGUGAGUAAGACAUCCACUAUGAGAGACAACCUAUGCAGCAAAGUAUUUUAUUUUAGGAAGAUCAAUUAUGAAGGGAAAAAUAAGUAGUGAAAUUAAUAAGAAUUGAUAAAAGGGAAAAAUGCACUCUCUAUUAAUAUUGGAUUGUGGUAUGAGGGGCGUCUGGUAGUCUUAACAGUUGCUAUUAGGUUAAUAGCUUAAGUUUGCAUUUAUCAAUCUUGAUGACAUGGAGGAUACAGCAAGCAUGGACAGACUGUAUUUUCGGGUCCAGCUCAAAGUCAUUGUUAUUAGCCAUGAAUCUUGGUUUACUUUUGUUUACAUUUGAAAUGGGUUUAACUUAACAUAAGCCCCCUUCUCUAUACAAUCAAUUUCAUUAAAUGAAUUAUUUGUGUCAAAUAAUAAAUGUUUUUUCAAAAGCUAAUGUGUUAAUAGAAACAACUGUAAGGCAUAAAUUAAUGAAUACAAGUAAUUAUACCAAUAUCUUAUUGAAUGUUAUAAACAAUUUUUUAUGUUGUUCUACCAUAAUUGUAGGUUCUGCAAUUUAAAUGAUUUAAAUGUAGAUUAAGCAGUUACGUUCUUAGUUCAUGAACUUUUUAUGCCCCCUGAUCGUAAGAUCGGGGGUAUAUUGUUUUUUGCCUGUCUGUCAUUGUAUGUGUCCGUGUGUGUGUCCCAAAACUUUAACCUUCUUCAUAACUUUUGCAAUAUUAAACGUUGCAACUUGAUAUUUGGAAUGCAUGUGUAUCUCAUGGAGCUGCACAUUUUGAGUGGACAAAGGUCAAGGUGUAGGUCAUCCUUCAAGGUCAAAGGUAAAAAAAAAAAUCAUAGCGGCGCAUUAGUGGGCAUUGUGUUUCUGACAAACACAUCUCUUGUUGUUUACAUGAGUUGUUUAUUUUCUGUUUUGUUAUAGUUUCAACUUUGCGAGUAGUUACCAAAUAUUUAUAUCAUGAAAUUAUCAGUUGAUUUUUGGAGAUAAAUGUUCAACUUGUUGUUUCUCGGUCAUCUUUAAAUAUAGUUGCCUGGCGUUUUUAAGCCCAUUUAAUGAAUUUCAAUAAAUUUACUAAUAAAUAAUUUUAAUUGCAUUUGUUGAGUCUGGCAACUGGGACAUUUUUACCUUUUUGGUUUUCAAUGUACUAAAAUUAUAUUUUAGAUCUUUAAAUAAUGAAUGAUUCUGAAGGUAUUGAUGUUGGGGCAUGUUUGAAACACUGUUUGUUUUAUUUGAUGCUAAUGAUAGGAGUUUUUUGGCAAUCACCAUCUUAUAACACAACCGUUUAGAUGUGUUGUUAUAAUUAUUUUGCCCUUGGUAAGUAAUGUAUGUUAAUGGAAAAUAUGUGUUAACUACUGGAAGUUAAGUGUAAACUCAUCUAGGUUGUGUUAACUUACAAAAAUUAUAUGUUUACUAAUGGGAGUAAGAAAUUGUGUAAAUGAUUACGUAGUUGAAAAAGUGUUACAACCGUUUUUUAUUCAGCACCCCUAAACAGUCUUUCAUAAACACUUUCAGGGUCUGAAAAUAAUGUAUAAGCUAAAAUCAAACUUGUUUAAUCUAUAAAGUGUUCUAACUCAUUAUUCAAUCCAUAACAUUUUAGUUACCAGUAAUUCAUAUCUGAAGAUAUAAUGUUUAAUUUCUCUCAAUUAUUAUUACUGUAUUACAGGGUUGUGAUUUCUCCUCCUUUAAGCUGAUUUUUACACUUCAAAUCUAAUUUUACAAAUAGUUAUUAACCCUUUGAGCGCUGGAACCGGAUUUUGAAGGCCUUUGCAAACAAUUUGGAUCCAGAUGAGACGCCACACAACGUGGCGUCUCAUCAGGAUCCAAACUGUUUGCUAUUCUGAUAGUAUUCUUUGAAAAAAAUGGAAGAUAAUGCUGAUUUUAGAAAUUCAGCAGAAGACAUUUUAGCAGACGACAAAAUUCCCAGCAUGCAAAGGGUUAACUUUGCUGGAGCUAUAUGCAAAGUAAGAGUUAAGUUAAACCCUUUAAAAGGGGUAGUGCAUUUUCCUUCCCUGAGGUGGUUCUUGAAUCGUAUUAUUGUAUGUCUUCUCAAGCAAUUUAUACUUUACUGUAUUAAAAGGAAGAUGAUAUAUUGAUAUGCUAGUCAAAUUCAGUUUUUGCUUUUCAGAUUAAUAAUACUGAUGUAUUCUUAAAAAUGGUAUUGCAAAAUGUUUUUUUAAUGACCAAUAUGUACAUGUAUAUGUUUUAUUCAUAUGGGCUUACGGUCUCAGGUAUUUUGAAAUUAACUUGAUUAUUAAAAAACUUGCUAAAACUAGUGAAGGUAUUCAUUUUAACGUUUCAUUUAAUUACUUUUCAUUUAAAUGUGGAACAAAUAUACUUUUUAAUAUAGGUAAAUAGUCAUUUUAAUUUUAUAUCAUGUAGAAAAUCUUUGUUUUAUUGAUUGUUCUGUAUACAAUUGACAUACAUGUGUACUAAAUAACCUUGUUUUUGCUUUGCAUUUGAAAAUACAUAUGCAAGCACUAUACAAUACAUGUGUUUAUUAAUUACCCUGCAGAGGGGGUCAGUCGAUAUGUCUGCAUAAAAUGUUUCAAGUUUAUGGAGGAAAGUACUUCCACCUUUCUCUAGUGAUUUAAUUUAAAUUUAAAAAAUGUCAUACCAUGCAGUGUUUGUGUGCAAGAUAUUUUCUCAUGCCCCAAAAUCCACCUAUUAUUGAGUUUUUUUCCCUUGAAGCAUAAAUGUUUUAAGUUCUUGGAGCAAACUUUAGCCACAUUUAUUAAACGAUAAAAUUCCUAUUUCCAAUAUGUCAUCACCUUAAAGUAGAUGCCUUGACGUGCAAGAAACGUUUGAUCACAUUGAUCCAUAGAGUCCAUAGUUAUCUGCCCCUGAAUACAGAAGGCAAAGUGGAGCAGCGUCAUAAGUAAUUUUUAUGACCAAGAGGUUAUAAAUAUAAAACAUAAAUAAUGUGUGUAGUUUGAAGUACAAGUAGAAUACUUUGAGUGUGAUUUAGAUGAUGUGAUGUAGUUAAAUACUUAGCUAAGCUCCAACGACAGCAUGUCAGUCCAAAUACUACGGCUGUGCAUUUUGUGAUAUCUCAUCGAAUUGAUUAUAUGUACAUAAUAAUUAUUAUUUGUGUUAAU